UAAAUUCAAUUAUUUCGAAUCAGCAAGCUGUUGGUGCGAUUUAUACAGUUUUCUUCAUAAUAUUUACGAUAAGAACUUUAUUUUAAUAAUCUUGUUCUAUACUUUACUAGUAGCUCUGUGAUAGUUCAGAGUAGAACAAGUGAUCAACGUAGUUAAUAAUGAAAAAUAUUAUAAAUAUACCUAACACCAUGUUUAUUUCUUUACUUAUAUUCGUGUCAUUGACGGAUGUUUUCGGUUAUUAUUUAGCUGAUUUGACCAUAUCAAACCCGCUCGAACAACCAGAAUAUAUUUACAAAAAGUGUUUGUCGAUGAACAAAGUUGUCUACGAAGAUCGUUGUUGGGACUUGUUGACUAAAGGACCGUGCGAUGAGGGACAGUGGUUGGUAUUGGACAAAGUGUCAGACGAAAUGCAAUUGCAGGAGCCGCGUCCGUUGAGGGCCAAAUGCAAGAAACGUCGGUGCAGUGAAUCAGACGUGUACUGGCCACGUGACGGAUUUUGCCACAACAAACAAAUGGCUCAUCGUGAUCGGCUGUGCGCCAGCGCUAACACCGUGUUGACUAUCGACGAGUACGGCAACGGGUUUUGCAAAUGUCGCGAUGGUGACAAAGUCCCUUACGUACGCGUCUUCAGUUCCACCAAUGAUGACUACGACUCGCAGCCGUGCUAUCCAGUGUACUCAAAGGGUCCGUGUCCCAGAAAUCAUGUGCUAACGCCCUAUGGAGCUAGAAUGUUUAGAUACGGCGUCUGCGCGGAGGACGAUUGCGCCGAGGAACGCCGCCUGGCCCGCGAUUCGCCGUCGUCGUCGUCGCCGAUGUCGCGGCGGUCCGGUGCACAGGAACAGCGCCCGCAGCCGACCUACUCGCUCGCCCGCUGGACCGACGGACAGUGCUACGAGCUGGGCACGCGCGGCCCGUGCACCGGCCGCGAACAGUUCGCAGUGCUCCGGGCCACGGCGCGGCCGGGUUGCGCCAGGCUGUCUGUCGAGCUGACGGUACUGCCCGAGACCACGGACGGAUGCGAGACCGACCACUGGGGAGAUUGCGUGGAAGGGGUAGAAGUGUGGACGUCGUCGGACGAGCUGAGAGACGCGUUGCUCCAGAGCGCCAAUAGAUCCGACUUUUGUCGCUAAUGUUUUGAUUUAUAAUAUUGCAUGUCCCACCUUUUUCUUCACCACGAUAACCUCAAUAAUCAGGCCGAUCAAUGUUUUGUUUUAGCUCAAUAUCUUUAAUUAAUAAUAGGUAUACAUAUAGAUUAUAGACUUUAAGUUAUAACUACUAGUUAUUACAUCAAACGCGAUACCACGUAAACACCUCAUGAAUUUAUGAUUGUGCGCUUUCUAUAAUUAUUUUAACAAGCCUUUGUAGAAUAAGUCGUCGUCAUCCUAUCACAGAAUAUUAUCGACCGUAAAAUUAUAACAACAUUUUACACAUUACAGACGACUUAUUUUACUACUGUACUUCCACCACAUAUAUAUUUGGUUAAUUUUUUAGCCAAAAUACAAAAUAAUACAGUGUGAUUUUAUUUAGGUGAAUA